AUGGCCACCUCCUCGCUGGCCCUGGCACGUGCCGGCCUUAUCGACCCGACCAAGCCCGCGACCUACCCCGUCAUUCUAGGCGAGGACAUCCGGCGAAGCGGUGACCCCAACAGCCCGUCCGCCGGCCACACGUUUACGGGCAUCCGCUACAACUUCAAACCGAAACACCUGACCGACAACACGCAACGAAAGUCCACCCUUACCCACAGCGACAACGAUGGCGAGUUCGAUGUCACCUUUAGCGACAACAGCGGCGGCCGCUACGUCUACGCGGGCACCCGCGUGUCCAAGGGCAGCAAGUAUGUCCUCAUCUUUGACUCCAAGAGGCGGCGCUUCAUCCUCCACCGCCUCGACUCUCUGUUCAUCAUGAACAUGGUCGACACGCCUACCAAUCACGACACAGCCGGCCUCAAGAAGAAACACCCCUACAUCAAUGAGACGACCAAGCGGCCACGACCGCCACGGGGUGCCGGCGGCCAGUUCCUACGGCGGCCAGGACUCACAAAGAAGAGCGGCGGCACCAACAGCAGCGCAAGCCCGAUGCGGCCCAUGCCCAAGCCUCUUGUUCGGCUGCCCGCGAAGCCGCCCACGGUGCUGCGCAGCUCGCAGGACAUUAAGAAAAAGGAGCGGCGGGUGACUCUCAAUGUGCCGUCCGACAGGGACGGUCACGACUCGGACCGCGAGACCAAGGCGGCCAAAGACGUGCGCGAGCAGCGGGAGGCCAUUGUGGUCAAGACGGCACGAGACAAUCAGGAGAACAAAGAAGCAGCAGCACGCGAUCGCUCAGGAAGCAACAGCAGCAAUGGCAGCAGUAGCGGCGGCGGCGGCGGCGGUGGUGGUGGCAGCGGUAGUGGCACGAUUACUGUCUCGCCACGCGAGGCGGCAUACCAGAAAAGCAAGGCCAGCGCGUUGUCGUCCCGGCCCAAGGAAGGCAGCAAGCUCUCCAUGGAGACCAAACCUUCGCCAGACACCAAGAACAACAAGGACAAGGGAGACUUCAAGUCACGGUCCAUUGACGUCAAGAACGGCAGGGACAAGGACGACAGCAAGCUCCGAGUACCCGAAAAAUCCGAUAAGGGAGCACGCGCCGAACAGUCCGUCUCGCCCGAAAAGCCGCGUCUGCCCGAGAAGCCCGCCGCACGCAAAGACGACAAGACUCGCAAGGACACCAAGGCGGCCAAGGCUGUGCCGUUGCGCGACGGCAAAGAUGGACGCAGCACACCCACAAAGGAGGGCAAGUCGAUCACGGCGAAGCCUCUGGCCAAGUCCAGCAGCGACAGCCCGAGCAGCAAGGCCAAGGGCGGCGCCAGGGGUGCAUCUCUGCCCAUGCCUAAGGAACCGGCACCGGCCCCUGCUCCCACCAAGAAGAAGCGUCGCGACUGGGAGGAGGACGAAGACGACGAUGACGACGACGAUGGCGACAUUGGCCUGGUGAUUGAGUACCCUGGCGGGCCGCCACCUGCACGGAACCGGGCGUCCCUUGGAGGUGUAGGCUCCGGUGCGGGUGACAGUGCGCGCGAUGCGUCCAAGCCACAACUGCACAUGCCUACCUUUGACGAGUUUCAACGUGCCGGCAACGAGGACGAGGAGGACGGCGACAUGGACGGGUACUGGGACCCGCGCGAGGACGAGAAAAAGGCUACCAGAGAUGCCGAAGCGGCAUCCAAGUCCUCGGCAUCCGCCCCUGCUCCGACUCCAGCCAAGUCUACACCCGCCAAGGCUACGUCCAAGUCUGCACCCAAAUCCGCGGCCAUUGCCGUUGACGACGAUGACGAUGACGGUGACGACCUGGAGGCCGAGCUGGAGGAUGAACUCGAGGCCGAGCUCAACAAGGAGCUGCAGGAGGAAGAGGCCCGCAAGCGGCGCGAGGCUGAGCUUGAGGCCGAACUGGAGGCCGAGUUUAUGGCCCAGGACAGUGAAAGCGAGAUCAGCGAGGAGGAGUGA